AUGUGGGAUGAAUCCUGGUGGGAAGGAAGAGAAGCUGGCAGCGACGACCAACACCAUACGCUCGUCUCGUCUCCGGACGCUGAGGGGAUCUUCGUCUUCGACAUCUGGCGCGCCAGCUCCACCCAGCUGGAGCCUGACGCUCAGAUCGGGCGCGCUUCAUUGGCGCAGGGCACAGCAGACGGCAGUGCGACUGCGUUGAGCUGCGACAGUUUGCGCUCGCCGGAGGAGAAGGUGGGUCACGUGCAAGCGAAAAACAAAACACGGUGCACGGGAUCGCCGUCUGCUCCCAUGCGAAUACUCGUGCCCGCUGGCUGGGGCCAGGCCGCGCCCAGCUGCGCGCGCAAGCCGUCUGUAAGCUCAGCGGCUGGUCAGCCAGUCAAGGAGGGCCUGCAGGCCAGUCUCGAGGCCACCGGCGAUGCUAGCGUGCAAAAUUGA